AUGGCCUUUCAGGCCUUCACUGGAAUAGCUAUUGCUGGACCCUCGAAUGAUCACCUAUCUCAUGAUCAUAGUCCAGCAAGAAGGUCAAUGGAUACAGUUGAGGAGAGGAUCGCUUCUUUUACCAAUUGGCCUCAUGGAGGUCGACUUCGUCCCAUCUUCAUGGCAGGUGCAGGCUUUUAUCAGUUUCGCGUGGAUACCGACGCGGUCUCGUGCUUCAACUGCAACGUGGUUAUGGAAGGCUGGAACGAGCAGUCAGAUCCAAUCACUGAGCAUCGAAGGGCAGCUCCAAAUUGCACUUGGAACAAUGACACUUAUAUGACGACAUGGGACGAAAGAUUUCAUUCCUUCCACACCUGGCCGCUAGACAUAAAGCCCCUCCCUGCCGCAAUGGCCUCUGCUGGGUUCUACCACAGCAAUAAGAGCACAGACGCCGUCACCUGUUUCAGUUGCAAGCUGAUUCUCAAGGAUUGGAAGAAAGAUGACGACCCUAUAAAACAUCACCUUCAGCAGUCCUCUAUCUUCCGACCCUGCGCAUGGAUCUCUAAGGUUACGAAUCAGCCAGCGCAGUACACACCUCCGACGCCUCCAGCAACCCCUCCAGUGUCUGCUCCUGCUAGCAUUCCUCACAAAUGCGAAGCCUGUAAGAAGACCUUUCCGUCUGGGAACUCAUUCCGUAAACACCGUCGACAAUCCCACAAGAAUAUUGGCAGGCGCAUUGGAGUUCCUCUUAAACGGCCUGGAGUGGUGUUCUUGGGAAGAUACAGGGUGUCAAAGGCGACCAAGCAGAGGAUGAAACAUGGGAGGCGGGGCAAUACAGACCUCUUUAUUUGA